CACACCCUCCUUCCAUGUCGACCGACGGCAAGAUUGCGAAGCCGCCAUUGCAGAUGAACUCGCCGAGACAUGAGCAGGUUCUUCUUCCUGAGCCGCCAUGUCUCUGUUGGGUACAGUCUGCGAGCGAGAUCACUGAGCUCACUCAGCUCCGCUACCAUCUCCAUCUAUCAAAACAACGAAAGGUUGUCCCUUCAAGAAUGCGUCUCCCUGUUACAGCACCUGGGUGAUACGGGAGACGCAGCCUGUGGCAAGUCCCUCCAUUCGACUUGCGUAAAGUCCGGUUUCGAUCGGGAUGUCUUCGUGACGAACAACAUCAUGAGGCUAUACACCCGGUGUGGCGAUUUGUUGAGUGCCCGUCGCCUGUUCGACGGAAUGCCUGAACGGAAUUUGGUCUCCUGGACGAGCAUGCUUUCUUGUUACGUGCAUAACGGGCAGUACGGGGAAGGUCUGGGGGUUUAUUCUCUUAUGUGUCGAUCGGGUGUGAUGCCCAAUGAGUUUGGUUUCUCCUUGGCUCUCAAGGCGUGCAGAUUGGCCAAUGAUUUCACCAAGGGGCUGUUGAUCCAUGGACAGAUAAUUAAGUCUGGGUUUGAUUUGUAUAAAUUUUGCAUUGCUUCUUUGCUCGGGAUAUAUGUUGGAUAUGGAGACGUUGAAGCUGGGCGUACGCUGUUUGACAGCAUUCCACUGGGAGAAGAAUCCGAGGCCUUGUGGAAUGCAUUGCUCGAUGGUUAUGUCAAGAUCUCAUACAUAGACGAAGCACUUCGGUUAUUUAAUCAGAUGGCGUACUCUCGUUCUCCACCAAAUAGUCUUACUUAUUCAAUGCUUGUAAAACUAUGUGCUGACACAUUGAAUCUUGAUAUGGGAAAAUCUUUUCACGGCCGAAUAGCAAAAGUCGGGCUCGAGAAUGAUGCUGUUGUUGGUGGGUCUCUUGUUGAUUGCUAUGCGAAGUUGGGUUUUUUGGAUGGUGCACUUAAAGCUUUUGAAAAUCUAGAGGAGAAGGACAACACGGUAUGCUGUACCUUGCUGUCUGGGUUUUGUCAGAUUGCUGAUGCUACAAAGGGCUGGAAUUGUUAUAUUAGAUUUCUGUCAGAAGGCAAUAAACCCGACAUGUAUACCUUAGCAAGUGUUCUCUGUUUAUGCUCUUACAUGGAUAGUAGGACUCUUGGUUCUCUAGUGCACUGCUCUGUGAUUAAAUAUGGCUUUGAGUUGGAUGCUUUUCUGGGCAGUGCUAUUAUUGAAGUUUAUGGAGGCGUGGGAAUGAUUUCCGAUGCGUAUCAAUGCUUCUUUGAUGUCAGAGAUAAAAAUGAGGUUUGCUUCGGUGUGAUGAUCAAUAACUUGGUUUUAAAUUCAAACAACGAGAGGGCUCUGGUUCUGUUCGACGAGCUGAGGAAUCUUGGUCUUAUACCAGAUCACUCCAUCCUCAGCUACAUUCUUCGCGCUUGUGCAAAUCUUAAGAUGUUGUUAGAAGGAAAAUCAAUUCAUUGCUGUAUUGUGAAAGACUGCCAUGAUUCUGACUCCAGAUUAUGCAUUGAAAAUGCUCUUAUUGAGAUGUAUGCUAAAUGUGGAGCAAUUGAUUGUGCGAAUCUGGUGCUUAAGGGGAUGGAACGGCAGAGUGAAUUCUCAUGGACAAAUGUUAUAUCUGGUUACAGCGAAAUGGGUCGUUAUGAAGAAGCCCUGCAGUUGUUCCGAGGAAUCCUUUACACCUCAGUCUCCAUGAAGCCAACUCAGUUCACACUCGUCAAUGUUCUUCAGGCCUGUUCAAAGACAGAUUCACCAGCUAGAGGAAAGCAAAUCCAUGCUUAUGCUGUAAAACAAGGAUUUGAAUCUCAUCUCUUUGUGCAGAGCUCGCUGAUCAACAUGUAUGCAGCAUCUAAAGACGGGAUUCAGGAUGCUUGUCAAGUAUUCUCUUCCAUGAAGAAAAGGGACCCUAUCUCCUGGAGUUCUAUAAUAACAGCAUUAACACAAAAUGGGUACACUGAGGAAGCUUUAAAAGUUUUUGCAGAAUUUCAACAUUCACCUGAUUAUUCAGUUGACGAUUCUACAUUGUCUAGCUGUAUCUCAGCUUGUGCUAGCUUAGCUGCAUUGGAUGUAGGCAAGGCCUUGCACGCCUUUGCUGUUAAAAUUGGGUUUGCAUCGGAAUUUCAUGUGGAGACUGCCAUCAUAGAUAUGUACAGCAAGGGUGGGACCUUAAAGGAUGCCCGAACGUUUUUUGAUGAAAAGAGAGAUCGCAACUUGGUUUCUUGGACAGCUAUGAUGUCUGGGUAUGCUAACCAUGGGUAUGGGAAAGAAGCCGUUAAGCUGUUUAAUGAAAUGAAGGAAUCGGGAUUAGACCCCGAUGGGAUUACCUUUGUUGGCAUUUUAAUGGCUUGUAGUCACGCAGGGCUUGUGAAUGAAGGCAGGGAAUUGUUUGAAUCCCUGAGAAAUGAUCACUGCUCAGAAUUGACAAUAAACCACUAUGCUUGCAUGGUUGAUCUCCUUGGUCGAGCUGGUAAUGUGGAUGAGGCAGUGGAUUUCAUAAAAAGAGCUCCAUUUCAUUCUAAAUCUCUUCUUUGGAAAACAUUACUAGGUGCCUGCAGGAAACAUGGAAACGUUGAAUUAGGAAAUCAGAUUGCAGGGAUGUUGGUUGAAUUAGAGCCUGAGGAGUCCUCCAAUUAUCUACUACUGUCUAACAUAUAUGCAUCAGCGGAGAUAUGGGACAGUUCGAAGAAAGUCAGGAACAAAUUGAAAGGAGUGAAAACUUGUAAGCAACCCGGUAGGAGUUGGAUUCAAGUGGUCUGAUGAUAUUUGGAUGGCUUCAGAAGUGGAACCUAUAGCUGGUCAAAUUAAAGGUUGGCUUUGGAAAUUCGUAGUCAUGUUCCCAUUUUCUCAUGCCAAAUGGGAUUGGGUUCUCGAAGUUGAAGACAGGGAUCUGCUAGAAAUUGAGGGAUUGCUCAAUUGUGGGUCCACUUUAGCCAUUAAAUCACAAGGCAUGUGCUGCAGAAAUCAAGGAAUCUUUAUAUUUGCCUGGAUAUUUCUCAGGUCUUUACUCCAAUUACUUAUAAUGGAAGGGGUCUACUCUUUCGACCAAUUUAUAUGCCAGUUAUAUAAAGGUUCAGCUUUCCUGGAUUGCUGAUCAGUCUGAAUUCCAGACUUUCAGCGCAAGGUACCUCCAUCAGAAUACUGCAAAGUGCCCAUCAGAAAGAAGAAACACAACCAAGCAAGGCCUGUGAUAGCUCUGAUCAAUCCUGCACGCGCUCUGAAAUCGCAUCCUAAGCACUUUAAUGCCUCGUUGGAGCAAGGUGAAAAUGGCAGCGGUGAUAGGGUUGGGGCUGCGAGAGAUGGGGGGGUGGUCGUUUUGGCUGCUGCUGCCAUAGUUGCUGGUCAAGGCGGAGGCUUUAGCGAUGCAGGGUUCGAGGGAGGCAGGGAAGGUGAGGCUGGUGAAGGCGGCGAAGGUGGGGCUGGCGGGUGUGGUGCUGGACUUCGGUAAGUAUGGCAAUAGCAUGCGUAAGAAUCUGUUUGAUUCCCAUGCGUUCUUUGGAUCCUUGGAAUAUGUACUUAUUCUAAGAAGUAAUUUUGUUCUGUUGUGACUUAAUGUCAAAAAAAGAUCAUUGCUUGUUAAAAUCACGAUGAAGUAAUGGGAAAUAUUUGCCGUAGUUUGAUAAAUUAUAAAUGGUUCGAUUUUGUGGA